UUGUUUUCUUUUCAGUAAGGGAGAUAACCAUCAAUUAUUUAUAAAUAUGUGCCUUUUUGCAUCGAGAUAAAUAAUCUUUCUCAUUCCCAUAACUUAUAACUAUCAUCAGAAUUAAUAAUAAGUACAAUUUUAACUUUGCUACCUUGAAAGGACUCCACAUCUUUUCAGUGCUUUCAACAUUGUGUGUGUCAGUCCUAGAUCACCUUAGGCCUUAGGCUGUGACUGUGAGGCAAAGGCUAAGGCCUCUGCCUCUGUAGAUCAUGUUGUGGUUGUGAAAUAUUACAUCUACUUUGACCAUGCCGAGGAAAAGGCCCAGACCUGAUAUGAAAGAAGAAGGGGAGGAAAUUCCUGGGCCCUCACAAGUGAAAAAAAAGCGAAAGAUCUUGAACUAUGAUCCUCAUGAAAUAAUUCUGGAGCUCUAUGACACAGUUCGUAACCACAAGACAGAGGAUGGAAGACUUCUGUGUGAAUCCUUUAUCAGGGUUCCGAAAAGACGAUCCGCUGCAGAUUAUUAUGACGUUGUUACCACCCCCAUUGAUUUGCUGAAAAUUCAGCAAAGGGUGAAAACAGACAAUUAUGACUAUGUGGAUCAACUCAGCGCAGAUGUUUUGCUGAUGGUGAACAAUGCAAAAGCGUACUACAAGAAAACAUCCCAGGAAUACAAAGAUGCUUGUGAUUUGAUGGAACUUUAUGAGGAGACGAGAGCUGAUUUGGUAGAAGCUGUGUUUGGUAGUGGGGACAGAAGUGAUCGCUUAAGCAGAAAGACUCCUGUCGUCAAGGAUACUGUGGAUCUGCCAGAGCCUGAAGAGAAGGAUGAUGAUGAGAGUGAAGACGAGGAAGAAGAAGAAGAAGAUGGCAAUCAAAGCGAUGCCUCAAAACAGCCGUCUGAAGGGCGUGAGAGAAGCGCCAGUGUUUCUGAAGAAAUUGCUGAGGAUUUGGAGCAGUUGUUUGCGGCGAUUGUGACCACGAGAGAUGGAGAUAGAGACAUCAGUCAGGCUUUCCAGCUGUUACCUCAGAAAUCGAAAUAUCCCCAGUACUAUGAUGUGAUUAAGAAUCCCAUUGAUCUGAAGAUGAUCGCCACGAAGAUCCAGGAAUCGAAGUACACCAGUUUGGAUGAUUUGGAAAGGGAUCUGCUGCUUAUGGUCAAGAAUGCUAAAGCUUUCAAUGAACCCAAGUCUCUGAUCUACAGGGAUGCUGUCACAUUGAAAAGAGUCAUUGGUGAGCGCAAGAGGGAACUGGAAUAUAAGAAAUCUGGCCAUGUGAAAAGUAGUGGGAGACUAAGCAAAACCAAGGACAGAAUCAUAAUCCAGAAAAUGUCUGCUGUCUGCGCGGCGCUGAAGUAUCAGUCGUCCGAGGAUGAUGGCGCGUCGUCCAGUCAGUUCGAGAUGGACUCGGAGGCAGAGGGCACAGGCAAUGACCUUGUGGAGGACGACCCUCAGUGGAUCCUUUACAACCAUGUCAAGAAUGUCACAGGGGAUGAUGGAGACUCUCUUUCGGAGCCUUUCCAAAAGCUUCCAAGCAAAAAAUUUUACCCAGAUUACUAUAAAGAGAUCAAGAAGCCAAUGUCUUUGCAUAAAAUACGUUACAAGAUUGAGAUGAACAUGUACGACACACUUAUGGAUCUGGCGCGAGACUUCCAUCUUACCUUUGAAAAUGCCAAGAAGUACAACCAGGACGAAUCUCAACUAUACAAGGAUGCUGUCUCUCUGCACCAAGCGAUGGUUGAUAAGCUGAGGGAGCUUGAUGCUGAUCUUGCGGAUGAGUUUAUGGAAGAUUUGGAAAAUGAUAAUGAGGAUGAAGACGAUGAAGAGGAGGAGGCCACUAUAGAAGGGGAGCGGAACAGCGAAGAGUUAACUGCCAUGGAGGAGGAAUCUGUGAGCACCCCCACGACUGUCCGUGGCCGCCCGAGAAAGUCGAGUCUCGUUCCAAACUCCACGCCGGAUAGCGAGAAGAAGAAAUCAAGUGCCAAGAAGUCCGGGGAUGAUAGUCUGAAGAAAAGACUGCGCACCCUGUACUCCACCGUCUAUGACUACAGUGAUGCCAAUGGCCGCCUCCUUCGUCCCAUCUUCAUGGUUCUGCCGUCUCGCAAAGAUUACCCGGACUACUACCAGGUGAUCAUGGAACCCAUCGACCUCACCAUGAUUGAAGGAAAGAUCAAGUCGGAGAAGUACCCGAGUGAACAGGCGCUGCUGGCGGACUUUGAGCUGAUGUUCAACAACGCGCGUCACUACAACGAGGAGGGCUCCCAGCUGUACCAAGACGCCAACACUCUGGACCGCGUCCUGCGCACCAAGUGGAAGACCAUAUCCCAGCAGGCCAAGCUGUCCGGUGGCCGCGGCAAGUCAAAGGUCACUGAAGCAAGCCCCCUGGCCCAGAAGCUGCUGGAGCUGUACGAGAGUGUGAGGGACUACCAGGAUCGCUCCGGCCGGGCGCUGUCGUCGCCGUUUAUCAAACUGCCGAACAAAACUGACUACCCCGACUAUUACGAGGUGAUCAAACGGCCCAUCGACAUGCAGCGCAUCCAGCAGAAGAUGAUGCUGAGCCAGUAUGAGGGUGUGGAGGACAUGGUCACCGACUUUGUCCUACUGUUUGACAAUGCCUGCAAGUACAACGAGCCAGAGUCGGUCAUCUACAGAGAUGCCCUUGCCCUGCAGCGCGUCUGCUUCCAGAAAAAACUGGAGCUGAUGUCGAGCUGCAUGAACGAAGUGCCGGAUGUGAAGGCGUUGACCCAGGAUUUGAUGAAGAACCUGUUUGUGUCCACCUUCAACUACGAGGAUGAUGAAGGCAGAUGCUAUAGUGAUUCAUUUGCUGAAUUAGUGGAAAAAGACAAAGGAUUGCAAGUGAAUGGAGAAGUCUCAGAACCUCCUCUGACAUUUGAUCAAAUAAGAAAAAAUCUUGACAAGGGUCGUUACCAAAGGGUUGAUCGCUUCCAAGACGACAUGUUCAAGAUGUUUGAGAGAGCCCGACAACUCAGCAGACUGGAUUCUCAGCUCUAUGAGGAUGCGGUAGAGAUGCAGAAGUUUUUCAUCACCACCCGCGACGACCUUUGUAAGAACGGCGAGCUUCUUCUGACCCCUGCUCUCAGCUACACGGACCGCCAUCUGACUCUGGCCUUGGAGGCGGAGCAGAAGGAGAAAUCGGAGGCAGAGAAAGAGCAGGUGAAGCAGGAGGAGGAGGAGAAGAACAAAGAGGGCGCUGACGGCUCCGAGGAAUGUAAAGUGCUGCAAGAUUCCAAUGGCGGAGAGGAAGACUGCGAAUAUAAAGGUCAAGUCUAUUCCAAGGGAGAUUUUGUCUACAUCCCCUCAAGGGAAUCUCCUGAACCACACAUCAUGGUGAUCGAGAGUUUUAGUCGAGACGAGUCUGGCCAGGUUGACAUCAAGGGCCAGUGGUUCUAUCGACCUGGAGAGACAUACCACCUGGCCACAAGAAAGUUUUUAGAAAAGGAGGUGUUUCGCAGCGAUACUCGCCAAAGUACCCCGAUAUCAGAAAUUGUUGGUCGCUGCUGUGUCAUGUUUGUGAAGGAUUACUUCAAGUUUAAGCCAGAGGGUAUUCCUGAUAAAGAUGUUUACGUUUGUGAAUCUCGCUAUAUCUUGAGAGGGAGAUGCUUCAAGAAAAUUAAGAUCUGGCAAACCCCUGUGAGCAAGAAUCUCAACAUAGUUCCUCGCGAAGUUCCCCUGACGCCGAUACGUGUGGCGUCCAUGUUUGCUGACAAGUCGGCCAAUGAGAGUGCUCUCGAUGAGAGCGACACGGUCAUUGACAAGAAACGCGAGUCCAUCCCGUCUGAGAUUGAGUCAGAAGACGGGAACGUGUAUUACGACCAGUAUGUUACAGACAACGGCUGCUUCAAGUUGGGUGAUGGUGUGUAUAUCAGUAAUCCAGGAGCCUCUCCUAUCAUUGCCCGAAUGGACAAGAUAUGGACAGACAGCCUCGGUGAGGCGUUCUUCCACUACGCCUGUUUCCUGAGACCAGCUGAUGUUGAACACGCUCCGAAUCGGUUGUUCUACAAACAAGAAGUAUUCCAAGCUUCCAUUGAGGACUGUGCCCUCAUCAAAAAUAUUGUAGGGAAGUGCUGUGUCUUACAUAUGAAGGAUUACUGUACCAGUCGACCCACGGAGAUUGCGGAGCAGGACGUUUUUAUCAACGAGUCCAAGUAUCAGGAAGCAGACAAGUCUAUCAAACGGCAGAAACUCAUUAAGAAAUACGCUUUGUCUCCAAAAGUUGUGGAUGAUGAGAUUUACUUUUUCAGAAAACCUAUAGCUUUGGAGAAGGAACCGUCUCCGCUGUUGAUGAAGGCCGGUGCGGAGGACAGCCUGUUCGUGGACACGGAGGAGUCGCAGGACGUGGAGCCAGAGGCCAGCAACGACGCCACCUCUGUCAGCAACGACGCCCCCAGCCCCGCUCCAACCAAGUCCCACAAAAAGAAAACCCCGAACCCUAGAAGGCAGCCGAGCGGGUACAUUGUGUUUGCCGGAGAAGCCCGCAAGCAGAUCUGUCAGGACAACCCCAGCUGUUCGUUCGGUGACAUUAGCAAGAUUGUUGGCACGCGCUGGCGGGCGCUGACUAAGGCCGAGAAGGACGUGUUCGAGGAGAAGGCUCGCAAGAUCGCAGAGGAGAUGGUGGCCAAACAGGCAGAGGCGGACAAAGCCCUCAACGACUCUGUGAGGUCGCAGAGUCCCUGGUCAGAUUAUGGAGGUCAGACGCCAGGGAACCAGCCGUGCCCACCCUCGCCAGUGUUUGUGUCCGUCCCACCCCGCAGCCAGAAGCUGCUCCACUCCGAGGUCUACAUCAGGUAUAUCGAACGCCUUAACACUGACAGCCACAGCAUCUGCAACUGGGACCGUACGUUGACCGCGACCCAGGAGAACACGCCCGGUCAGCCAGAAGCCAACCUGCCAGGAGACUGGUUAGCCCACGGGGCGGGUUGCCACGGUAACGUCAGCAAUGCCUUGUGGGCCCUCAGAGAUUUCAUGCUGAAGGAUGCUGUAAACUUGGCCCGCACUGUACCUUUUGAUGACUUGUAAGCUUAGUUAAGGAAUAGUUGUGUCUACCCCAUUUGUAUAUAGAAUAAUUAUAUAUAGGUUUUGUUUCUAUGUUAUGGUUUUUAAAUUUGCUGGUCACAUAUUAUUAUAAUGGUACAGGAACUGCAAUUUUUUUUUUUCCUUUUUAAAGUAUUGGUGGGAAUAAAUGUGUGUGUUUCAUA